UAAUUACAAUAAAUAAAAUUUUCUUUCUCUCUCCCUCUAUAAAACAACAACAAUUACCAAGUUAUUUCUCUACCACACAAGCUCUGUUUCUAAGCUCUCCUCUCUGUUUUCAUCACAUUUCGAAUAAAGAAGAGUUUGAUUUCAACAGUUAUGGUGAGAAUCUUCCUUCUCUACAAUCUCUUAAACUCUUUUCUCCUCUCUUUAGUACCAAAGAAGCUUCGAACUCUCUUCACUCUUUCCUGGUUCGACAAAACUCCCCACAAGAACUCAUCCAUGUCACUCUCUCCAUCACCGUCCUCUGCUCCAUCCAUAAAAACAGAUCCCACCGAGCUAAAACGUGUUUUCCAGACCUUCGACAAGAACGGAGACGGUCGUAUCACCAAAACCGAGCUCAACGACUCGCUAGAGAAUCUUGGAAUCUACAUACCAGACCAAGAACUCACUCAGAUGAUCCACAACAUCGACGCCAACGGCGAUGGAUGCGUGGACAUAGACGAGUUCGAGUCCCUGUACAGCUCCAUCGUCGACGAGCAUCGCAAGGAUGGAGAAACAGAGGAAGAGGACAUGAAAGACGCGUUUAACGUGUUUGACCAGGACGGUGACGGGUUUAUCACCGUGGAGGAGUUGAAGUCUGUGAUGGGUUCCUUGGGACUCAAGCAAGGUAAGACAUUAGAAGGUUGCAAGAAGAUGAUCAUGCAAGUGGAUGGUGAUGGUGAUGGUAGAGUUAAUUACAAAGAGUUUCUUCAGAUGAUGAAAGGUGGUGGUUUUAGCUGCAGUAACUGAUCUUUAUUUAGGAUUUAACAUAUAAGAGUGUGUGUUUUUAUUUGUUUAAUUUGUUUGUUUUCUUUUUAUGUGUAAAUAAUUUUUUUUUGAUGAUGCAUCAAGUGUGUAAUUUUUUUUCCUUUUUAGGAUUCUCUAAGGUCAUGUAAGAUUCUCCUUCUCAUUUCAUUUGGUUUAGUUUUCUUUGUGUAACAUUUCUUAUCAAACAAUUAUUAGUAA